CCGCCGACAUCGCUUUAUCCCCGCAUCAUGAGGUUGAUGACAUUUAGGUGCCACCAUCACCACUUCAUCAACAGCUGUUGUGAAAAGAGAAAGAAAAAAAAUCGACAUUGUCAUCAUCUCUCUAGUGUAAACAUCUUACUGAAAGCUAUGAGUAGCUCUGUUGGAGACAAGCCAACCAUCGUGGUUAUUGGAGCAGGUGUAAUAGGCCUAUCAUGCGCUCUCAAAAUCCAACAGCUUGUAUCAGGCAGCCAUGAUAUUCUCAUAGUGGCAAAGGAAUGGCCCAGUUCUAUUGCUGGCUCGCCGCUCAAGCCAUCGCCAGACUACGCCUCGAUGUGGGCGGGCGCUCACAUUCGCCCUAUUCCCGCAAGCACGCCACAGCUAACACGUGAAGCUGCAUGGAUCAAAGAAACAGUCAAAGAACUGUCACCGCUAAUCGUCGCUGAACCAUUUAUUGGUGUCACUGAGGUGGAAGGAAUUGACUACAUGGAAGAGCCUGAUGAGGUGUAUAAGCGCCAAACCAAGGAAUCCUUUGAAAACGAGACAGGACUUCCAGGCUAUACAGUGUUGUCAGGCGACCAGGUACCGCCUGAAGUUAAACUGGCAUUCUCGUACCAAACAUACUGCUUCAACUCGCCCCUCUACUGCCAGAACCUGCUUCGCAAGUUUCUCUUCCACGGUGGCAAGACUUUGGCCCGCGAAAUCAAGAGAGAAGCAGAGGCAUUCAUCUUGGCAGAUAGAGUGUCACUUGUCGUCAACGCCAGCGGCGUGGGCUUUGGUGACCCCAAGUGCUUCCCAACCCGCGGCCAGACCAUCAUCUCCAACAUGACCACGGACAAGACCAUCACCCGUUUGAAUAAAGACGGGUCUGCUGCAUACAUUAUCCCGCGGUUCUUUAACGGCGGCACCAUUCUUGGCGGCACACGCGAGCCCAACAAUUGGAGCACCGAAGUCUGCCCGACUACACGAGACGCCAUCUGGGAGAGGAACAUUGAGAUGCAGCCGUAUAUAUGCGACAAGCCUAUUGCUAGAGAGGAUCUACGUGCUAUUGCCCAUGUAGUUGGCCGUCGUCCAACACGCGAAGGAGGCAUGAGAGUAGAAACUGAGACGGUGACUCUACGGGACGGUAAGUCAGGCACAGUGGUGCAUGCGUAUGGUGCAGGAUCACGAGGGUAUGAAAUGAGCUGGGGCGUGGCUAAGGAAGUAACCGGUCUUGUAAAGAAUACCUUAUAUGGGUUUUCGUCCAAGCUGUAGAUAGCAUACCAGACGAGAAGAAUACUGUAUUUAGACCCGAUGUUCCACCGUCUACACGGGUUGUUAGUGUUAGAAAAUGUCAAUAAAAUUGGCCC